AUGGACAGAGCAGAAACCAGGAGAGAGAGAGAGAGAGAGAGGGCAGCUGGCGCACGUGCUCACACGUGCGGACGUCACUGUGGGGACACACGGAGACACCCAACACCCAGCUUGGGCUUAAUGGCAACGGGGCGAUGGCGUCACAUGCGUGGGCGUACUUCCUCUCUUUUUCUCCCUUGCGGCCACCUUGCAACACGUGAAACUCACAUGCGCCAUCCUUCUGAUUCGUCAGCUGCGCCACCUCUCCGUCGGGCUGCUCCCGCGGGGCGCCGGGUGCGGGCGGGCGAAGCUGGCGGGGUCGCCGUCGUCGCUGCCCACCGGCACAUGCUUGGGCAUGUGCCAGAACAUGAGAAGCCCCGCGAGCCGACCUCCGACUCUGGCCAGACGGAAGCUGAUAAGAGCAUCUCGGCAUGGAAACUUACGACCUGUUGGCGGUUCGCCUGAGUGUCGGCCAUGCUUAAUCCAUCUCCUUCGAUCUGUUGUCCUCCCUCUCUAACCGUUAAUAUUUCCGUUCUUCUUUCCGCUGUCAUCAUGAUGCGUUGA